AUGCCCUGUUUUCGAGGUGUUGACAUCUCCAUCAUCGCCCAACCCGGUUCCAAAAAGCUCCCGGAGUUUCCUCAUUCAGACGCUUCUUCGGUCCGCAUCUUGCCACCAGCCGAUCGCUCUUCCGAUCCGACCAGCGCUGGCUCGGCCUCUCCUGGUGUAGACUCGCCGCAUAUCCAGAAAGCCAGCCCUCAGGUCUCUGUUUAUGUCCCAUCCGUCCCAGGCGCUCAAUUCGGAAUUCAUUACUCGCUCAGCAAGAUACCCGAACCACCAUGCUACCUGUACUUCAAGAUUUUUAUGAACGGCCGAAACGUCACCAACUGUGGAGUAAAUCCUGCUGCCCAGGCCUCGGGCUCCAUCACACGCUCUUUGUGUGAGCCCAGCGACCGAUGGCACUACAAAGAGAACGGGGUAUUGCACAAAAGAGAGGGUAUCGAGGCACGUUGCUUCUACUUCCUUCCGACUUCGAGCAGGACCUCCGUGGCAGAUGACGGCGGCCUCAUCGAAAUUCAGGUUUUUCGAGCCAAGGGCCGCAAAAGAAGGUCGCCUAUACUGGGAAAACACCGCAAUCAGGAUACCUAUGGCAUAGCAACACCAUCAGGGGGGCUUGUAGAGUCCCCUGAAACUGCCUGCUACUACGACUGGAUUCUGAUCGACCCCAAGGAGUUCCCAUUUGUCUCGUUCCACUUUCACUACCGCUCUUGGGCUAAUCUUUGCCAGCUGAAUCUGGCACCAGCUUUCACGGAACUGGGCGAGUUCCCUCUCUUGAUCCAGCGGAGCCCGCGCGGAGUCACAUCAGGACUUUCGACCCGUGACCAUGAAACAAAAGGCCAGGAGUCGAUCAGAUCCGAAGAUGUUUGUGACCAACAUGCAGACACUGAUAGCGAUGAGGGUCUUCUCGAUGUCCUAUCAAGGCUAGCGCUACCACCCAAACCACCAGGUCGUCCCCUCUCAGGCGAAGAGAUUCCCAAGUUGGCACCACCAGGGGGUUCUGCUCGCCCUCUUCCAGAAAUCCCGAUCAAAAAGCCAAUGCCGAAGAAAUCUUUCGAAUCAUGUACACCUUCUAUUACGCCAUCUCUUCUGCCAUAUAUUGAGGAAGAGCCAAGCGAGGUCGAGGAGGAGGUCGAGAUUGGCCUAGCAAAGUCGAUACCCGUACGAUCCGAGUCUCUUCGCGGCAACAAGCCCCGACCACUCAAGCUAGCUGGGCUUGGAAGCCGUCCAGAGCCACUAUCAUUGUCUAAAGAAAGAAUGCAGCCUACUCUUCGCAAGUCGUCGGGUUUUCCAAUCAAGACCCCUGGCCUCGAUCACGGCCAGACCUCUCGAGAGUCCACGAACGGCAGAAACAACCAGGGGUGUCAAGCUCAAAGUGAAAUGGGAUCCGAGAUUGUAUCCAUCGUCACGGAGACAGAGAAAUCUUUCAAAACUGAAUGGACCUUGAGCGAAAGCGAAUGGAUGAAAAGGGGUCGUUGA